AUGCCCGCCGACCUGAUGGAGAAGAGCUCCUCGUCGCCCGUGGCCGCCACCCCGGCCAGCGCCCACGCCACGCCGGACAAGCCGCGCACCGCCGCCGACCACCGCAAGUCGUCCAAGCCCAUCAUGGAGAAGCGGCGUCGGGCGCGCAUCAACGAGAGCCUGGGCCAGCUCAAGAGCCUCAUCCUGGACGCCCUCAAGAAGGACAGCUCGCGGCACUCGAAGCUGGAGAAGGCCGACAUCCUCGAGAUGACCGUCAAGCACUUGCGGAGCCUGCAGCGCGCCCAGAUGACGGCUGCUCUGACCGCAGACCCUUCAGUGCUGGGCAAAUACCGGGCCGGUUUCAACGAGUGUAUGAACGAGGUGACCCGCUUCCUCUCCACCUGCGAGGGGGUGAACGCCGAGGUGCGCACCCGCCUGCUGGGACACCUGGCCAGCUGCAUGGGCCAGAUCAACGCCAUGAACUACCCCGCCCCGCAGUCCCCCUCGGCCGCCCAGCACGGCGGGGCCUCCUUUGGGCAGCCCCUGGGGCAGAUCCCUGCCGGAGCGGUGCCCCCUGUGGGCAGCGUGGUGCCUUGCAAGCUGACCAGCUCCGCCGGGGAAGGGGCGAAAGUUUACGGCGGCUUCCAGCUGGUGCCGGGCUCCAACGGGCAGUUCGCUUUCCUGAUCCCCAACGCGUCGUUUGCUCCACACGGCGGGGCGGUGAUCCCCCUCUACGCCAGCGGGGGCUCCGGGCUGCCACCUCCGUCCCUGUCUCCUGCCGCCGGCGCCCCCUCGCUCCCCGCAGACUCGGUCUGGAGACCUUGGUGA